CCUAAAGAAGUAUGGACGACGGUGGCAGCAUUGCGCGGCUCGGCCUACCGCCAUAUCUCCGAUCCAAGCUCCUUGCUUGCGGCUAUUCUUCCAUCGCGGAUCUCCACGGCGCAUCGCCUCUGGAUCUCGCACGAGACGCAUCGAUCUCUUCCGAUGAGGCGCUCUCUGUUCUGCGGCGAAUCGGAGCUACUCCAGCGCCUAUUGCUGGAGCAAAGACUGCUUGGGAUUUGAUGUCGUUUGAUCGAUCCCGGAGCCGGAUUGGAACUGGCUGCAGUGGUUUGGAUCGAGUUUUCGGCGGUGGAGUCGCCUCCAAGGAGCUGACGGAAAUUUGUGGUGCUCCGGGGAUUGGAAAAACGCAGCUCGGGAUGCAGCUUGCUAUAAACGUCCAACUCCCUCGAUCUCUAGGUGGUCUCAAUGGUCACGCUGUCUACAUUGACACGGAAGGCAGCUUUAUGAUGGAGAGAGUGCUCCAAAUGGCUCAACGAAGUGCUCUUGUGACGCCCGAUCAAAGCGUCGAGUCUCUCCUCUCGCACAUUUUCUACUUCCGCGUCUUCGAUUCCACCGAGCAGAUCGCCACCAUCAACAGCCUCAAUAAGUUCCUGGAAGAACACAAGGAGGUGAAACUCCUUGUCAUCGACAGUGUCACAUUUCACUUCCGCCAAGACUUCCACGAUCUGGCUCUCCGGGCCCGGCUGCUCAACAGCAUGGCUCAGAAGCUCAUGGCAUUGGCUCACCAUCAUGAACUCGCGGUAGUUCUCGUGAACCAAGUGACAACCAAAGGCAAUGGAGAAAUCAGGCCUGCUUUAGGUGAAAGCUGGUCUCAUGCUUGUACAAACCGCGUGAUCUUACGCUGGGAGGGAGGAAAACGCCAGGCUUGUAUGUUCAAGUCCCCAUCUCUUCCUCCAGCAAAAUCCAGUUUCUCAAUUACUACUAGAGGGAUCGGAGAGUGACAAAUCACUCACUCGUCCAUGUCAUCCACGUCGCGCUGCGAAUGGUCCCCAGCUUCCACCUGGUUUUGUAUCGCUUCUAGAAACGAUGCUACAGUGAAGUCACCUGUUGAAAAGCAAUAAAUUUGUUUCUCAAGAUC